AUGCUCAAAAGCGUGGUGGCGUGGCGGAAGGAGUUCGAAAUCGAAAAGCUUCUCGAUGAUGAGGAAAAUAUGGUCGAGGGUCUCGAAAAGGUUGUGUAUAUGCAUGGUGUUGAUAAAGAAGGGCACCCUGUUUGUUACAACUCUCUUGGUGAGUUUCAGAACAAGGAAUUGUAUGAUAGCACCUUUGCUGAUGCUGAGAAGAGGGCCAAGUUCUUGAAAUGGUAUAUUCAGUUCUUGGAGAAGAACAUUAGAAAACUCGAUUUCGGCCCGGAUGGGAUUUGCACUAUCGUUCAGAUAAUCGAUCUGAAAAACUCACCCGGGCUCUUCAAGAAGGAGCUUCGCCAGGCUACUGACCAGGCUCUUCAGAUGCUUCAGGAUAAUUAUCCUGAAUUUGUUGCCAAACAGGUGUUUGUCAAUGUUCCAUGGUGGUAUUUGGCUUACAAUAGAAUGAUCAGCCCAUUCUUAACUCAAAGAACCAAGAGCAAGUUUGUGUUUGCAGGCUCUACAAAGACUCUCGAGACGCUCUUCAAAUACAUAGCACCCGAGCAAUUACCAGUUCAAUAUGGUGGCCUUAGCAAACAUGAAGAUCAAGAAUUCACCACUGCUGACCUUUCCAUUGAGGAAAUAAUUAAGCCAACUUGCAAACACACCAUUGAAUUCCCGGUUAAUGAGGCUGGUACAUUGGUUUGGGAGGUUAGAGUUGUGGGGUGGGAAGUUUCGUAUGGAGCUGAAUUUCUACCGAGUGCCGAGGGUGGAUACACUUUGAUUGUACAAAAGGCUAGGAAAAUUUACCCGGCCGAUGAACAAGUUAUAAACUGCAGCUUCAAGACUGGUGAAGCUGGCAAAGUUGUGCUCACAUUCGACAAUCAAACCUCUAAAAAGAAGAAGCUUCUCUAUCGGUCCAAGGUCAAGCCCUCUGAAUGA